CCAAUACAUGCCUAAAAGUCUAUCAAUUUUCAUAAUUCAGAAUCUAAUCCUCUAGAAAAAAAAAAAAAAUCCUCUAGAUCGAUAUUUAAAAACUUAUUAAUUAAAGCGCCUGAACUUUUGUAACACUUCAGAGUCCUAUAUAUAUACAUACUCCAUGACCCAUUAGUGUGCAUUCAGUCCUUCCACCAUUUCACCCAUUAAAAUUUGCAGGAAAGCAAGCUUGUUUCUGACUCUACCAAUUUGCUCCCCCUUGUCCUCUUAUUGUUCAUCACUGUUGGGACAAUGUUGAUCACCGUAAAGGGUGACAUAUGCUCCGAAGGUUUGGGUGAAUGCGGCAAUGACUGUGACGAACGAUGUCGUUCUAAGCAUCUAGGGCAAAAUCCUCAGGGAUCUUGUGAAACUGAGAUUUUGCCUCCAUUGUGUACGUGCAACUACGAGUGUGGUUCAUUGCCACCAAGUCCUCCAGAACCACCAAAAAGAGAUUGCAACGCAGGACUUGGCCCGUGCUCCGCUGAUUGCAGCGAUGACUGCUGUAAUUCAGAAUGUGCUAGCCAAUUUAACCAAAGGGAUAGCCAAUUCAGAAUGUGUAAUAUUGUUGUCCCAAUUUCUGUUUAUACAGGAGGAAGCUUCUACCAUCAAGGCAGCUGGAAAAGCAUGGUACCAAACGAUGAUCUCCGACAGUGAUUACACCGAGUUUGACGUUGUCCAGAAGUGGCUUGGUGUAUCCCAGUGAUUUGCUUUAGUUUAUUAUGAUUCGGUCUUUACCUGUCUUAUUGUAUGUGGGAGGACAACGUGUUUUUCCUCUAAGCUUCUGUCUAGCUGGAAUUAUCACUAGCUAGUCUAAUUUUUCAAUUUUGUUCGAUGACAAUGUUAGCUACUUUGGUUUGGUUAUGUAUCUUCCAGAUUUUCAACUUUUAUAUGCUACUAUGAUGUCUUGGUUUUUUUUUGUAUUAGUUUGAUAAUAAGUUGGUGUUUGUUUAGACUUGCAAUUUAUAACUUUAUGGAUCAGAAAUUCAGAACAUACCAGGUUUUUUAGUUGCUCCCAAAAAACUUCUAUAUCAGGUUUUGAAUUUGUAGGAGUCCGCAAUAGAGACAGAACUGAUAUGUAAUUUAGAAAGUUGAACACUAGAGCAAUCGAGCUCAAUUGUAACAUCUGCAUUGGGAUUUUUAAGGUCCAAAUAUAUCGGUACAUAUGUAAUCAAGUUGAACAGUUGAUCACAUAUGCAAUCAAAACUCAGUUGUAGCAUGUGCUUUGGGAUUUGUAAUGUCCAAAUGUGUAUAUAGUUGGGGAAGUGAAAAAUGAAAUUAGCUAUCACUCAACUGAGAGGCAAUCAUCUUUUCUGAACAGAAGGCGCCAACUAAUUCGACACUCGCUCAACUAACUGCCUCAUCAUCAUGCUCAAAUAGUACUAGCUAUUGUCAGUUGCAUCAUAUACCCGAACACUAGAUAAUGUUCGAUUGAAGGUCUUUCCUAUAUUUCCUGGAUAGAUGAGGAUCUUAGGUUCCCCGGAAAUGGCAUAUACUUAAAACCUUGGAGAAGUUACCGAGAACCAAGCAAGUUUCUCUCCUGAAGUGUAGAAACCAAUAGAAGACUCUUCACCUAAAUUUCCAUCAAGUUUGAAUAUAUAACAAGCAACCACAGUGUACCUUCCAGUUGCUUCAACUUCCUUUUUCAGGUCAGUUUUAGUUUUAAAGUAGAUCUCUAUGAUUUCUUAACUCAGUGGUUUGGAUAGUAUCAAUUUAUUCUCCAAGUUCAUUUACUUUCUGUUAACAUUUAACAAGAAAUGCAAAUGCCUCGGCAUAGUUAUUGUGCUAUUUCCUCUUUUGCUACCCAGAAAUGCCAAAGCCACUUUGCAGACUGCUGAACCCUAAAAUCUAUAUAGGUACUGUGAUGGUUUUCAAGUCACAGACUGCAUGGAAGCAAACCAGGGGCCUCAUACAUUCUACUAACCCCUUGUUAGUCAGUUAUUCUGCAUAUUUUGUCAAUCUGCAUAUCUUUAUUUAAUGGGGGUUAAAAGCCAGUUACCAUUUCAAUACAAAAGAAGGCAGGACCUGUUCAUACAUCACUUCUUUUAUAAUUUAAUAGAACUUAAAAGUGAGCAGUCUAGAUAUUUCAUCUAUUUCUUAAUUUAACAAUGAAGUACAAUAAGAGACGUACGGAGUAAAGUUUCCCUAAAGCUAAUACAUCAGUAAUAUAGGCAUUUUAUGAAUGAAAAUGAGUAUGUCAAAAUGAGACUUGUACGUGUUCUAAACCAUACAUCAAAUUUAGAUGACCCUGCAUUAAGUCUGAUUUUGUCCCAAACAUGGGCAUUGCAGAUUUUUCUUAGACAUUACCCAAUUAUAUUUAUGCAUUUUAGUUACUGUAAAAAUCAAAAUAAACAUGGCUUUACUAAAACAAACAGAUACUCUAUGAUUAAUUGUCUUUGGUGUAGGAGCUUCAGACUGUAAAGUGAGAAGGUAAAACAACAAAAGCCAGCAAACAGACAGACAAGCAUACACAUUUAAAUAGUUAUGCAAGGAAGAUAAGUAUGGCAUCGAAGAAUUCCCAUUAGAAUUCAUAAUUGAUCUCCGAUAGACAUAUAUAAGUAGAAUUUUGCAAACGUUGCAAAAGCAUCCAAUUACCUCAUGUACCCUUCACUUGUCAGGAUGAGCACGUACACUUGAGCUUGCAGCGUGUAUGAUAUGCAUAGGAUCUAUGAAUACGCUUAUUUGCCUUUUUUUCUG